AUGGGCGACACAAACAUCGCAAUCCGGAACGAUGACCAACAAGUUCUCCUCGCCGCGCUCUUCGGAGUCCUCACCACUGUCCUUGCUGUCGCGUCUGUCAUCGUCGGAUAUCUCCAGCUACGCAAGUAUAGACUGGCCCAUGCAGUGGCAGAUGUCGAGGGAGGCAUCGAUGUCGUGAGCUUGGCGGAAAUCCCCCCUCACGGCGACACUUCAUUGACUCCAAACAUUGCGGCUCCCGAGCAUCAGAUGGACGAGCCCAAUGCACACGCUCCAUUGCCGCCAGAAGUCGAAAAACAGUGA